AUGGAUAAUGAUAAUCAAGUUUGGUGUAUUCCAAAUGAUUGUGUUCCAUUUAUUGCGGCUGCUUUAUCAUGGCAUCAAAGACAUAUAAAUCUUGGUCAUGAAUUUAUAUUGGAUACUACCGAUAAAAUUCUCACACAAAUUCGUGAUUUAAUAGAUAUAGAUGAACCGGGUAUUAAUCAAGAUUUACUUGUAGCAAAUAUAUCUGAAAAGAUUUUUUUUGAUUAUCGAUCAACCAAAAGAAAUAUUGAUGAUACAUAUGAACAAGGUAUUAAUGAAGUAUUUAAUCAAUAUAAAAAUAUAAUUUCUUCACGAGUAGCUAGUGGUGAUAUACCUGAUCAAUGUGUAAAAGAAAUUGUAUGUGCUAUUGAACAAUUUAAAAAUCGUCUUUUAAUUCGAGCAGAAAAAAUGAUGAAUGGAAAUAGAAUUGAUCAAAUGUUUAAAUUAAUUGAAAAUCAUUUAAAAGAAAAAGAAUAUAAUUCAAAAAAAUUAGAUUCAACUAAAGAUGAAUUUAAACAAUUAAUAAAUAAUCUAUUAGAUAAUAAUGAAUUUAAUAACUUAGACGAUGAGAAAAAAGCAGAUUUUGUUCAAACAAAAUUUCAAAAAAUGAUUUUAAAUAAAUAUAAUAAUGAUCCAAAUGUACAAACAAUUGUUGAUAAAACUCAAUCUUCUACUUUACCGAUUACACGAAGUUAUAUAGAGAAAUUAAAAACUAAUCAAGAAGAUCAAAAAGCAAAUCUUAAUGAAAAAGUUCAAUCAUAUCAAAUCAAACAACAAGAACAAAGAGAUUCUAUAAAAUCUGAAUCUAUUGUGACUCCAAAACUUCAUUCAUCUCAUCAAAGAACAAAGAAAUUAAAUUCAAAUCAUGAUACAACUCCUACAAUAACAAAACAUAUUUCUAAUGAUUUCAAUGAAAAAGAAUAUAAACAAAAAUUUUAUCAUUCUCGAAAAGAGAAUGAUUAUGAUAGUCAACAACUCUUGAAUAACAUUAUUUCAUUUACUAGUAAAUAA